AAAUUUAUUAAUUUUUCAGUUGCCAAACCAUUCUGUGAAGUGAGUAUUGCUCAGAGGAUGACAUCACCACUCUUCACACAGUUUAAGUACCUGGCAGUUCUCAUACAGGAAUUCCAUGUGAAAGUGGAAUUACCAUUUGUAUUUGCUGUCCUAGAUGUUCUGUUCCCAGCAGCUGAAAUGUCGCCUGACCUUUACUCGCCAGAAAAGUAUGAACAUGAUGCUUGUAUUGUUCAUGAAACUCUAACAACAACAGUGAAGAGUCAGUCAACAGGUGGACAGAGAGAUUUCUUUGAUCACUUGCAUCUCUCUCCCAUUAAGAUGCAUCUGAGUUUCUCUCUGAGCGGCAUGGAUUCUGGUGCGAGUGUUCCAGUGGGUGGACAAGUGAUUCACCUCUUCCUGCAGAGUGUUGGUGUCACUCUCACUGAGGUUCAGGAUGUUGUCUUCAGACUGGCAUACAUGGAGCGUCUCAAUCAGUGGAUGAGUUGGCAUCAAUUGAUGCAGGAAAUGAUAAUUCACUAUCGAGGACAAGUAAUCAAACAGCUUUAUGUGCUUGUCCUUGGCCUUGAUGUCAUUGGCAACCCAUUUGGUCUGGUGGUGGGCCUAACAAAAGGAGUUGAAGAUUUAUUUUAUGAACCUAUACAGGGAGCAAUUGAAGGUCCUGGAGAGUUCGCUGAAGGAGUAUUGCUGGGUGUGACCAGCUUUAUGGGUAAAACUGUGGGGGGUGCAGCUGGGGCUGUCUCUCGCAUCACAGGAACCAUUGGCAAAGGUGUAGCAGCCUUGACACUUGAUGAAGAGUACCAGAAGAGACGAAGGGAAGCAAUGCACCGCAAACCAGCUGAUGGUAUUGAAUCUCUGGCCAGAGGAGGAAAAGGCAUCGUCACAGGAGUUGUUGAUGGUGUGACAGGAGUGUUUCUGAAGCCCAUUGAUGGAGCUAAGGAAGAGGGAGUGGAGGGAUUCUUCAAGGGAGUGGGCAAGGGUAUGGUGGGUCUGGUGACUCGCCCAGCCUCUGGGGUCAUAGACUUUGCUAGUGGAUCGUUUGAUGCUGUUAUGAGGGCUACAGAUGCUACUGAAGAGGUAGAGCGUUACCGUCCCUCAAGACUGAUUGAUGCUGAUGGGGUUGUUCGACCAUAUGUAAAACGCUUUGCAGAAGGAGCUAAAAUGUUGCAGGAACUAGAAAAAGGACGAUAUGCAAAAACUGACUUGUACAUAGCUCAUGCUAACAUUACUGGUAGUAAGUCCCUGCUAAUUGCUACGAACAAGCGAAUUAUGCACGUUACUCGUAAUGAUAUCCUGGGCCACCUUAAGGUUGAUUGGGUACAUACCUAUGAUGAACUCUCAGAGCCUCCUGUUCUUACUCCAAAAGGUUUACACCUUUCAGUAAAGCAGGAAAAGAAACGGGUUCUGGGAAUGUUUGGUGGUGGUGACAACUCCAAAGUAGUACAUAUAAAUUGCCAAGAACAAGCAGAGUGGUUUGUGUCUGCACUGAAGAAAGUCUACUAGAGGGCAAGUCAAGAAGACUGUUUUGAUGUUCUCUUACCAGAGAUAAACAGCAUCUAGCAGAAAUAUCUGAACAUGGUACUCUGUAGAAAGUAAUGAUCUGUGAACAAAUAAAAAUGACUAAAUAGUAAAUACACAUGCAGAACUGUAUCCUUACUUACAGGAAAACUGAAGAACCCCUCUACAUAAAUUAGAAAGUUACUGAGCAUGUACAGAAUUGCAGAUCUUGAAAGCUACUUAAGUGCACAUUUUAAGCCAUUGAAAUGAAGUGUAAUGUGCAUCCUUUAUCUAUGAAUAUAAAAUGAAUGAGAUGCCUAAAGAAAAAACAAUGGGACAUUUUAACAAUUGUGGUUUCUAAUGGCCCCCUUUCCCCCCCCCCCC